UGGCACCUCUUCCCUCCUCCUCGCGUUAGUUCCGGUCGCAAAGGAGAGACCGCAGCAGUUGUCGCCACAUCUGGAAUUUCUGGCCCUUUUCUCUUCGCCUUAAAUUCGGGUGUCUUUUAUGAAUAAUCAAAAGCAGCAAAAGCCAACGCUAUCAGGCCAGCGUUUUAAAACCAGAAAAAGAGAUGAAAAAGAGAGGUUUGACCCUACUCAGUUUCAAGACUGUAUUAUUCAAGGCUUAACUGAAACUGGUACUGAUUUGGAAGCAGUAGCAAAGUUUCUUGAUGCCUCUGGAGCAAAACUUGAUUACCGCCGAUAUGCAGAAACACUCUUUGACAUUCUGGUGGCCGGGGGAAUGCUGGCCCCAGGUGGUACAUUGGCAGAUGACAUGAUGCGUACAGAUGUCUGUGUGUUCGCAGCACAAGAAGACCUAGAGACCAUGCAAGCAUUUGCUCAGGUUUUUAACAAGUUAAUCAGGCGCUACAAAUACCUGGAGAAAGGUUUUGAAGAUGAAGUAAAAAAGCUGCUGCUGUUCUUAAAGGGUUUUUCGGAGUCGGAGAGGAACAAGCUGGCUAUGUUGACUGGUGUUCUUCUGGCUAAUGGAACACUUAAUGCAUCCAUUCUUAAUAGCCUUUAUAAUGAGAAUUUGGUUAAAGAAGGGGUUUCAGCAGCUUUUGCUGUAAAGCUCUUUAAAUCAUGGAUAAAUGAAAAAGAUAUUAAUGCAGUAGCUGCAAGUCUUCGAAAAGUCAGCAUGGAUAACAGGCUGAUGGAACUUUUUCCUGCCAAUAAACAAAGCGUGGAACACUUCACAAAGUACUUCACUGAGGCAGGCUUAAAAGAGCUUUCAGAAUAUGUUCGGAAUCAGCAAACCAUUGGCGCUCGUAAGGAACUUCAGAAAGAACUUCAAGAACAGAUGUCCCGUGGUGAUCCAUUUAAGGAUAUAAUUUUGUAUGUCAAGGAGGAGAUGAAAAAAAACAACAUCCCAGAACCUGUCGUCAUUGGAAUAGUCUGGUCCAGUGUAAUGAGCACUGUGGAAUGGAACAAAAAAGAGGAGCUUGUAGCAGAGCAAGCCAUCAAGCACUUGAAGCAAUACAGCCCUCUCCUUGCUGCCUUUACUACUCAAGGUCAGUCUGAGCUGACUCUGUUACUGAAGAUUCAGGAGUAUUGCUACGAUAACAUUCAUUUCAUGAAAGCCUUCCAGAAAAUAGUGGUGCUUUUUUACAAAGCUGAAGUCCUGAGUGAGGAGCCCAUUCUAAAGUGGUAUAAAGAUGCACAUGUUGCAAAGGGGAAAAGUGUCUUCCUUGAACAAAUGAAAAAGUUUGUGGAGUGGCUCAAAAAUGCUGAAGAAGAAUCUGAGUCUGAAGCUGAAGAAGGUGACUGAAUUUUGAAACUACACCCUCAGUAAAGCAAACAGGAGUUGUAGAUAAAAUGUCAUGUCUCAUGUGUCCUGGUUCUUACAUCUUCCUACCUCCCUAUAUCAAGCAUGAUAUAAGGGCUUUCAUAGCAAAUUUUAUUUUAACUGUUUCUAUGGUUACUGGAAAUGUUGGGUUUAGUUUCAAAAACCAUGUUGUAAGUAGCUACAGGAGCUAUAGAUUUGAAUCUAAUGUUGCAUUAGUCUUUUCAGUUAUCUUCUACCUCCUGUAUUUUCUACUGUAAUAAUGUAAUUUAAGGCCUUCCACAAUGAACAGUUCACUUUUUUCCUGGGUUUUCUAUAUAAAGUUUUCAAGAUAUGAUUUGGUUAAAAAUAAUUUGUUAUAAAAAUUCUGUUUGCAAAUUAAACUGUAAAAGUAUCCAAAGUCUCAAAAAGGAAUGAUUUGUGUGAUAAUUUGGUAUGCCCAAAGCCCUCAUCCAGGAAAACCUCAUAUACAGCAAUUGAAUUCAUUAACAUGACUCUUGAGUAUUUGGGCCAUUGCUUCCAUGUUAAUAUUUUCUUAAUUUUUAACCCUGUAAGUCUUUAGCUCAUUUGUUCUCUGGUUUCCAUUUGUUAGUGGAGCCAUGGAGAGCAAGCUUGAAAGUGAGGUCUUUGGGAAAUUGUACUAGGCAGAGGUGGUGGGAAGAAAGAAGUUCAACUUUUCCUAUUGAGAAAUUUCUGCAUUCUGUUUGUACCUUUCCAGGCAAAAUAGCUGCGUAUUCUUUUCAUACCAUUUUCAACUGUACCUUAGAAAAAUCUUGUCAUUUAACAAAGUUAACACUUGUCAUAUCCUUAGAUUGGUAGGAAAGGACUCAUGGAAUAGUGUGAGUAAAGGAAAUGCCUUUACCUAGUUGCCUUUUAUUUUUAAUUGCCAUGAGCCAACUAUCUCUUCUAUAUAAUUGAUUUAUUUUAAUGGUUGCCUUUUAUUUUUUGUCUUUUGUUGUCAUUCAUCUUUGUUGUCAUUCAUGUAUAUGUAUGUAGUCAGUAGAAGACAAAAUACGACCACACUUUUUGGUGGAAAGACUUUAUCUUACAUGUGAAACUUCUGGAAGUUUUGAUUACUGAAAGAAACUAGGUUGGAGUAAUGCCACCAGAGACUGGGUGGAAAUUGCCCCUUUCAGAGGUGCCAUUUUUAUGAGCCAAGAAUUUGGUGUUUAGUAGUUCAUCUGGAGGGAAUAAUGUGUAGUAUAAUUUGAAAUAAAGUUGUAUACUUACCUUACAGAGAGCAUUAUUACUGAUAUCAUUGUGAAUGGGGUGAAAUUGUUAAAUGAAUAACUUUGAUCAAGUUUUCAUGCACAGGCAAAAAUGUAUUCACUAGGUUCCUACGUAGUGAUCUGCUUUUACUUUGUAAUUUGUAGUCCUCAAAAGACUUUUUAAAAAAAAUAAAGUCCAUCCUUACACUUAGGUUAUGUAGGUCAGUCUUCUUUAUUUUUUUUGUAAAUUCCUUGUUAAUGUCCAGUAGUAAAUGUAUGUUGUACAUUCAGGUGUCUCUACUAUGUAAACAUUAAAUAAUUGCUCUUUUUGUCCUUAUAGCUCCCAAACUGUAAACACCUACACAGAAUUCUGAUGUAGUGGAAACUACAUAACAUUUCUACAACCGAAUCAUUGCAUGUUACUGCUGUUCAAAGUGUACUCUGUUCUAUUAUAUACUGUGUAUAGUGAAAGAAUGUGUAGUCUUCCAGAACUACAUUAUGAUCUUUGUCUGAUCAUAGUUUUUUUCUUCAUAAUGACAAAGUAGUGUUUACUGACUACAAUAUUAUAAUAAAUGAAUAUCACCUAUGACAGUAUAAAAGAAAGGAAAUGCUUUCUGAAAAGACUACAGAUUUUCAUUUUGAAUUUUAAGUGGUAGUUUUGGGACUCAGCUGCCAAUGCCAACUUAUGGCCUCAAAUAUGUAAUUCUUAAUAUAGAUGUUAAAAAUUGUACUUGUAUGAUUGGAUAAAUGUUGACUUUCCUAACUUGAUGUCAGUUUCAAAGGAUAAGUCUAUUAGAUACCAUAAUUAAAUGUGUAUUUAGAGCUGAUCAUAGUUUCUUAAUUAUUCUGGAGUAUUGUCCUAGAAAUAUUUAUUAUGUUAUUAAGAAAACUCCAAAUACCAAAAAUACCACAGGCUAUUUUGACACAGCAUAGCGAUGGUGGUGAGAGGAAGUGCGUGUGACUGGGAGGCUGACUUCUAAUUCAGUGUUUCUCUAAGCUUUAUCACCCUCCCCCAGGAAGCCUUUUUAUUUUUAGACUUUUCUAAUAGCACCCCAAUAAAUUUUACUAUAGAUAAGCUACAUGUGUAUUGUAUCUGUUUUAUGUAUGGAAAAAGUAAAUGCUUUUGGGGGUCCCAUUUGGGGGUAGUACCACCCCCACUGAUAAUGCAUGCCCUGGCAUAUUUUUUUAAGAGUGGACAUAGAGAUAGACAUUUGCAUUGGCAGACAUACCUUCAUGCAGAUCCAUAUCCUGAAGCGGUACUUUUUUUUCUCCCAGGGUCACUAGAAAAUAGAGAACGUUUGUUUUCUGCCAGUCACCCAUCUUUUAACAGUUAAUGCUUUACAUCUCAGCCCACCAUAGGCAUCAGACAAGUAAUUUCCCUUUUACUUUGAACGUCUUAAGAGAUUCUUGCUUGAUUGUAAAUGUAACAGAGGCAUUCAGGUUUCUUCUAAUCUAUUAAAAAAACCUCUAGAUGAGUGAUUUAUUUCAAGUUGGGCAAAACACUUUAAUAAAUGGUAUUGAAAUUUUACUGAUGCAGCAGCUGCCCUCCUCAAUUAGGUUGCUUGCAGCAACUGGCAAAACUAUUGGGCUUUGUAACAUAGGUGCCGAAAUUUUAGUGUGCAUUGUUACUUAAACUACUAAAUGAACUUCGUAAAAAUUCUCUUCAAUGCUAUUACAGGUGCCAGGUAAAGGGAGUUCAUAAGCGUUUCUGUGAGAAUUAUGGUAAAUGCCUUGCUACAAUUAUUCAGAAAUACAUUUAUCCUGUAGUAUUUAAAGUCUACCUGUUCACAAGCCUACUGAGGCCUAAAGGUUUAAAAUAUAGUUUUCAGUAGGCUUUAAGUGGAAUCUAGGAGAUGUAUUUAGUACUUUUUAUUUCAAAAUAAUUUAUAAUUGGCUUUGAUCUAAAAAACGUGAAUUGCAGUGAAUUCGUACCUAAAUAUAAUCCUAUGCAUAAUUGUAUGAAACUUGGUGUGGAUCAAAAGGCUUCCCAGUUCGCUUUCCCCUCCAUAAUUUCCCCUAUUUAACUGUAGUCAACUAGCAGCUAUUAAUUCAAUUGUUUUAAUUUUCCAGUGCAUUUACAAUCCUUUUAUCCUGAUUCUAGGAUUAUAGUCAGACCUCUGGAUGAAUUUUUUAAAAAAAGAUGAAUUUACAAGUACUCUCAAUCACUGUCAAUUUAAUAACUGAAUAGGAACCUUGGUUAAAUUAAAAGCUAAAUUGUUUGUGCUUACUAUAGUGCCCUAGAGGAGACAGUGGUUAAAAAAAUCCACUGAAUCCUUUGCAGAUUUUAUCUGGAGGAACCAAUAUCUCGUCAAACUGAGAAUAUUUAUUGUUGUAUUAGUGCAGCUUUGGGAACUAUGUAUUAUGAAUGAACUUGGGGUGCUACAGAGUUAUCAAAUAAUUGAGCUGUUCCAUUUCAGGGAAUUUCCAGUCAGUAUAACCAAUUUAAAAUAUCUAAGGAAGAAAAUUCUUGAACUUUUUUAAAGUUAAAAUACUUAAGGCUGUGCUUAAAAGUUAACUUUUCAGGUAAACCUAUUGGGGAAUAAGUAACCCAUUUAUGGGCUGAAGCCUGUACUACAAAAAGAUGUUCUACAUUCUCUGGUAUAUUAAUAAAAUAUUCUCUGUAAAUACACCUCAUUUUCAUUCUAGGUGUAAGGGUAAUGGAUCUUGGCAUAGCAAACAGUUGAAUGGAGAAAACAUAGCUGGUGAUCGAGAUGGUUCUUGGCACUCUGAACAAACUCAAGUAUAGACAUGCAUGCCAAUAAUUAUAUUGCUGCAUCAUUUCUAUUUAACUGAAACUUGCUUCUUGUCUGUCCUUUUGAGGUUGAAUAAAAUUUCAUGAGACUCCUUGUUAAUGUAAAGAGAAAAGCAGUGACUGUUGGCAUUGGUUGUUGUAUGCUAAUGGUCAAGUGCUCCAAGUUGGUUAAGGCUAAGUCCUUGUCCAUUUUGACUGGGUGUUUUAAAUGCCGUCAAAGAGCCUGUCCCUCCAGAAAUAUUUUUUCUCCAGACCAGUUUUGCGUUUGUGUGGCUCACGUGUACUUCAAACACAGAAGUGAAUAUGUUCAUGUUUUUAGAAAAUGCCAGUGUUUCACUAAAUAAAAUAGUAACACCAUC